CCUUUGCAGUUGUGAUUAAGAGGAGUUUGAUGACGUCUGCGCAGGAUGCGGAAUUUUCCCUAAUUAUCCGCCCUACUACACUGAGAUUCCCUUUGCACAGCCCAUAAAAACGAAAAAUCUGUCGCUCUCUCUCUCUUUGGCCGCAUGGAGCGUUAGAGGAAAUAUAAUGUGAAUGUGAUGAGAUCUUUCAAUAUUGUUACUUCCCAGAGACGCUCGAGAGUCGAUGGCAUGAGCAUGUGCCUCUCCUUUGCUUCUCUGUCCACCGUAGUUUGGCUUUUUGCCUCUCAAGAAAAAGAAAAACUCCUAAAAUUGGAAUCUCGUGUCCUGAUCCACAAAAAAAAGGAUUCUUUCAGUGUUGUGCGAAGAGAUUUUCCCCGAGAAGAAAAAGUGAUUAAUGGGACAAUGUGAAGAUGUUGAAGUGAAAAGUUUCGUGGAAAAGUGAAAUUCCCGUCGUUUGUUGCGUGGAGAGAUGAUUUAUUGGAAAAAUCUCUUGUGGUAUUUAGUUCUUGUGCUCUCCCACCUCCUUGUUUGCAGCAUCAACGUACCAACAAUUGUGGAUAUGAGACUCAUUCAGACAACAUGCAGAACCAUUCCGGGAUUUACGAAGGAGCAAAUUGAGCUCUGCCUUAGGGCUAAUGAUGUUACAAUGGCGGCUCUCGAUGGAUUAGAAUUGGCCAUAUAUGAGUGUCAGAAUCAGUUUCGAUGGCAUAGAUGGAAUUGUUCUUCACUCAGCAACAAAAGUCGAAAUCCCUACGCUUCGAAUCUUCUUAAACGAGGGUACAGAGAAAGCGCUUUUGCGUACGCAAUUGCAGCCGCUGGAGUAGCCCACAAUGUUGCUCGAGCUUGCAGCCAAGGAAGGCUCCUUUCAUGCGGGUGCGAUCCCUCAAUCAAUCGUCGAGGUCUCAGCAAAUACCUCCGAGAAUCCCUUAUUGAGGACAUAAAUCCCAAUUCAAUUAAUUCAAAUUCAUUAAAUACCCUCAAUGCGAUUAAUUCAAAUUCCUUGGAGAGCGUUCAGAAUUUUGAGAAACAGAAGCAAAGAUCACGCGUUGCGAGUCGCUGGAAAUGGGGUGGAUGUUCCCACAAUAUGGAUUUUGGGGCGGAAUUUGCUGAACUCUUUCUGGAUGCCCGGGAACGUGGUGGAGACAUUCAGUCGCAGAUAAAUCUCCACAAUAAUCGCGUUGGGCGCCAGGCUGUUGCCAACAAUAUGGUGGUUCGGUGCAAAUGCCACGGGAUGUCCGGAAGUUGUCAGCUGAAGACGUGCUGGCGCUCAGCUCCGGAUUUUGGGGUUGUUGGGCGAGUGCUGAAGCAGCAAUUCCGACGGGCUGUUCUUGUGGAUCAGUCGAAUGUUGGGAAUGGGCCACCGAUGGUUGUUGUGAGUCAGAAGAAUAAGCGAAGGCGGAAGAAUCGACCACCGAGGAAGACUCAACGGGGGAGGAUGCUCAAUGGGGAGAUGCGAAAGCUCGAUAAUUCCCUCUUCUACUACCAGAGAUCACCGAAUUUCUGCGAAAAGGACCCCAAUUCCGACAUUCCUGGAACUUCCGGGAGGAGGUGCAACAGGACAAGUUCAGGAAGUGAUGGGUGUGCUUCAAUGUGCUGCGGACGAGGGUACAGCCUCAUCCGGGAGCAGAGGGUCGAAAGGUGCCACUGCAGUUCCACUGGUGCUGCUUCGUCGAAUGCCAGAGUUGCGACGUCGAAGAGUGGAUAAGUGUUUGCAACUAAGAAAAGAAAUUAGAAAAAAAAGAUUUUAAAGAAAAAUGGAUAAGCCAUCCAAUGAACCAGUAUUAAAUCCACUUAGUCUUGUACUUUUAAAUUAAAUUACAAAGAAAUUGUAAAUUUUAAAU